AUGGAUAUUAACAAAGUCUUGGAAUUAGAAAAUGAAAAUGUUUUGUUGCGUUCAGAAUUAAGAUCAUUAUAUGAAGAACUUGAUUAGUACAAAAUGUUUUUUUUAUUUAGAAAAUCUACUGAUUAGAAAUAAAUUGAAGAGAAUAAUUGCUUAAGAUAAGAAAUUCUAUAACUUAAUUAAAGACUUUAGUAAUCAGAAUCUUAAAAAUAGGUAAUAACACUCAAAUUGAUAGAUCAAUAAGAACUUAAUAUUAAAUUAAGUAAAACUAUCAUCAAUUUGUAAUAAAAUAUUAAUGAAACAUAAUAAGAUGAUUUAUAAAAUAUCAACUAAUAUAAUAUUUCAAACAAUUAGAAUAAUAACUACAUGUAGUAAUUAUAAGUUUUAAGAUAAAGAUACUAAAAUAAAAAUGAAUUAGAUAGUUAAUAAAAAGAUUAAGAAAUAUAAAAAUUAUAUGUCUAGUUAUCUGAAUUAUAAAAAAUAAAUAAUAACAAUAGAUUAUCUAGACCUUUGAAUAAAGAAAACAUGAUCAAAUCUUAAUAUAGGCCAAGAGGUAUAUCUGAAAAUAAGUUUAAUAAUUUUGAAACAAAUUUUACAGAAUCAAGAAUAUUUCGUUGA